AUGACCCAAAACCCCAGCAAAAAGCCCUGCCGUUUCCUCACGCCCGCCCGGCCGAAUCCCUCGCCGGCCGCCGCCGCCGCCGCCGCCUCCUAUGCCCUUCCGCCCCACGCGCCCGCGACGCUGCCCCCACGAACGCAAACUCACCUCCUUCCUAGCUGCCGUCGCCUCCCUCUCCGACCCCCUCAAACCGUCGCCAUCGCUGCCCGCCGGCGCAGUGCCUGCAGCUCCCACCCCCACCGCUUACAACGCCCUCAUGUCCGCCUACUCCCGCGCCGGCCGCCCCGACGAGGUCCUCCGCCUCUUCCGCUCCCUCCCCUUCCAGCCCACCGCCCCGCUCUUCACUACCCUCAUCUCCUCCCUCGCGGACUCCGGCCGCCACCGCGCCGCGCGCGCCGCCUUUUCCUCCCUUCUCGUCUCCGGCCUCCCGCCCACGACCUCCGUCCUCACCGCGCUGCUCAAGGCCCACCGAACCGCCUCAGUUGAAUCUGUGUACCACGUCUUCUCGGACUUCUUGGCCGCUAUGGCCGCCGCGGGCUGCACCGCCGACGCCGCUGUGUACAACUGCCUCAUUUCGGCGCUCUGUGACUUCCGGCGGGUCGAUGAGGCCUCGGGCGUCCUUGACCUCAUGCUAGACAACCACAUCUGGCCCACUAUUCGCUCCUACACCACGAUCUUGCGCGGGUACUGUGAGCAAGGCAGGAUUCUCGAGGCAGAGAGGUUAGUUGACACCAUGAUCGAAGUAGGGUGUCCGCCGGAUGUCAUCACAUACAGCGUGCUCAUAGAGGGGCUUUGUAGUGUAGGGGAAUUCGGCAAGGUGGAAAGGGUUUUAGGAGAGAGUGAGGAGAUGGGGUGGACGCCAAAUUCUGUCACCUAUACUAUAUACAUGUCUGCCCUGUGCAGAAUGGGAUUCUCAGAUGAGGCAUUCCGUCAAGUAGAUAUUAUGUGGAGCAGAGGAGUGUCCAUGACAGUUGAGACAGUUAAUAUUCUCUUUGAUUGCUUGUGCCGAGACUCGAGGUUUUCUGAAGCAGUGUGCUUGCUGGAAUACAGCGGAGAGCUGGGCUGGGAGGUUGAUGUGUUCUGCUAUAACACACUGAUGAGUAGGCUCUGCGAGGUUGGUGAUUUUGCUAGGGUCUUGAAGCUAUUGGUUGAUCUUAUAAAGAAGGGCAUUGGGCCAGAUAUGUUCAGUUUUACUAUUGCAAUCCGGAGCCUCUGUGGGGCUGGGAAGUUUCAGGUGGCAAAGUACCUACUGGAUAAUGAGGCAAUGGCAUAUGAUGUUGUGGCAUUCAAUACUUUGAUGCAUGGAUUAUGCAUGGUUGGGGAUUUACAUGGAGUGAUAGAAAUUUAUGUGGACAUGACCAGUAGGAAUGUUAUUCCAAAUAACUUUACCAUUGCUAUGGUAAUCGACAGUUUAUGCAAACAGAAGAAGUUUCUUACAGCAAUCAAUUUUCUUCUUGAACCAUCGAUAGAAUAUUUGGUUCCUUGUCAUGAAUCUUUGGGCAAAUGUUUGGUUCUUGAUCUUGAAUCUUCAAGAAAAUGUUUGGUUCCAGAUCAUUUCGUUCGCCUGACUAAUUGGUUGGUAAAAGCAAAAGGAUUGGGAUAUGUACUGAUCCUUCUCCGUAAGAUACAUUCUAAAGGUCUUGCAUUAGAUGUCUUCUUAUUUAAUUCACUGGUUAGGAUAUUUUGCUGGGAAGGUUACUGUAAGCAUGAGAACUUUUAUGAAGUUUCUUUUAUACUUGACAGUAUGCUGGAAUGCCUCUCCAACCAGCAAACAACAUAAGUCAGCCAGUGAUGCAAGUAAUGCAAAAUCUAGUUUGCUGUCUCAUCCUCCCUAAGCUAUGCAACUAGCUGUCCAUUGAUAGAUUGAACUACAAGUCAAGGAUCUGAGUUGUGGGUAGCAAACCACUUUAUGGGACACGCAGGUUCAAGUAGUCGGAACAAGAUUAUUAAGAUGGACAUAGAGAUCAAACUGAAGAGACAAACAUAAAAAGAGUUGCACUGCCCUCAACGUGGGUACAUUUUGUCGAAUAUUAAUGUGGAGUAUUGGAUGAAUGUAAUGUCACCUCAACUUGCAUUGGAUGGAAUUGAAGAACACAUUUUCACCGAUGGCAUAAUUUGUGCUGGACUGCUGGUUGAUACGAUGGUCAAAUUGUCGAAUACUGUUGGUACAAAAUACAACCACAUUGAAAUGAUUUUUUGAGUCUAUAUUUAAUGCAUGGAGUCAGCUUUUGCCGCAAUACAAUGGUGAUAAUGAGGCAUGUGACAGGUCUAUGGAUACUUAUGGAACAUGGGAGUGAUGGAUCCAGUAUUGUCAGAGAUUUUCAAGGAUCUUUACUGUACGAGUUAUCAAUGCCUCUUUGAAGAUUAACUUCUGAUUUCAGAGAAAAACAAGUUUGACACUUAUUAAAAAUUUUCACAUGAAUAUGUUUUGGAGCAUUGGGAUACGGUCUAGCUGGAUAGAUGUGCUGCAUCAUCUUCUCUGUUACAUUAGAGGAAGAAAUUAGUGGUCGCAAGGAGCAAGGUUAUUGACUACCAGCUUGUUGAGAAGAAACUUUCAUUAGUGGUAGGUGAUUGAUCAGUGGGACCUGGGAAAUCACCUCGUUUAGAUGGUGCUGCAUUCAUUCUUUCAGAAUUCAGAGGUGAUGUGUGACCAAAUAGUUUUCAUGUAUAUACUAGCGACUUGUUUACUACUUGGAUCAGGCUUGUCGUAUCGACCGUUUGGUAGGUUUGAUGGACUGAGUCAGCAAGGAUAAAUCAUUAAACUGCUGGAAUAUGAAGCUCACGAGUCACGAGAUUGACACUGUAACUUAUACUGAUGGAUGCUUGAGUAAGUUGUAACAAGUACUGAUGGAUGCUGUAUAUUUGGAGUUAUACACGAAUAAAAAAAAAUAGCAUAACUACAG